ACAAGAAUAAAAUUCCCUCUAGACUUUCAAUCACAGCAACCACGUCAUUUGUGCAGCCAAUUAUUUUUCUACGAGCCGAUCUAAUAUGCAGUUCCCUUCCAUCCAAUUCAGUUGCUUCGUCUUAUCGCCCGUGACUUAUCUGGUCACUAAUUUCAUCAAAAAAAUUUUAGUUCUUUCUUAAAAGCACCGAACCUGUUUUCCCCUUAUCGACCACGCGCAGAUUAUGUUUCAAGAAAGAUCCUGGAUAGCAACCCGGCUCUAUAUUGCAGCCCAGACAAACAGCCAAACCAAAUCUUGGAUGAAACCCCGUCUGGGUUGCUUUGGUUCGGUUCAUUCCUAAACCCUGUUUCCCGUAUCUUCUUCCAGCCCUAGGCGGCGGACAGUGCUGUCCCUCGCCCCUCCCAACGCCCGACAGGAUGAGAGGCUUAAGCAGGCUAGCCGCCGCCCCCGGCCGCCCCACCGCCUCCGCCUCCUCAGCCGCGUACUCCACCUUUUCCGGCGGCGGCGGCGGCGGUGGCGGGGGAAGGGGAAGGGGAAGGGGCCGCGGCUCCAGCCCUCCACCGAGAUCCCCACUCCCUCCCGGCGCCCCCAGCCAAGGCGAACCCGACGCGGACGACGACCCCUUCGCCCCUGCUGGCCUCGGCCAUGGACGAGGUCGUCCCGUCCUCCCGUCCUCCCCCGUCCUGCCUUCUUUCUCCUCCUGGAUGUCCUCAUUCAAGCCCUCCUCCUCCCCCGCCGCGGGCCGUGGGCGGGGCCGGUCCCCACCGCCCCCAGAAUCCGCCGGCCGCGGCCGCGACCUCCCCCAGCCUCCGCCCUCCGCCUCCGCGGACGAUUCCCAGACCAAAAGACCUAUCUUUUUCAAAAGGGAGGAUUUUUCCGCUCCCCCGGCGCAAACCCAAUUCACCGAUCCCGAGGAAGUGACCCCUCUCCCUCGGAGCCUCUCCCCCCUACUCUCCGGCUCCGGCCGGGGAAAGCCUUCCCGGCCGGCGGAGCCCGAUUCCCGGGCGAGCGAGGAGAACCGACAUGUCCGGCCUAGAGCGCCCAUCGGGGCCCCAAGGGGUGGGCGGGAGCCAGCGGAGCCGAAAGCGGGCCAGCCGACACUGAACCGUGAAGAGGCGGUGAGGAAGGCGGUGGAGGUUCUUUCUCGAGGGGGCCCUGGCGGCGGGAGAGGUGGCGGGAGGGGGAGAGGGGUUGCAAUGCGUGGGAGAGGGAGGGGUGGGAGGUUUAGGGGCAGUCGGGCUGACGAAGCUGCGGAGGAUCAUGGUCUUUAUCUCGGGGACAAUGCUGAUGGAGAGAGACUGGAGAAGCGGCUUGGAGAAGAGAAUAUGAAGAAGUUGGCUGAAGAGUUCGAAGAGAUGAGCUGGAGUGCGCUGCCUUCUCCAUUGGAAGAUGCCUAUUGGGAUGCUGUCCAUACUAACAAUAUGAUCGAAUUUGAGCCAGAAUAUCUGGUGAAUUUCGAUAAUCCUGACGUUGACGAGAAGCCUCCGAUGUCCCUCCGUGAUGCACUGGAGAAGGCAAAGCCUUUCUUGAUGGCAUAUGAGGGGAUAAAAAGCCAAGAGGAGUGGGAGGAAGCUGUUCAAGAGACAAUGGAAAAGGUACCGUACCUGAAUGAGCUUAUAGAAAUGUACUCUGGGCCUGAUACAGUUACUGCAAAGCAACAACAACAGGAGUUGGAAAGAGUGGCAAAAACACUUCCAGAGAAUAUACCUUCUUCCGUGAAGAGGUUCACUGAUCGUGCUGUUCUUACUCUCCAGAGCAAUCCAGGCUGGGGUUGGGACAAGAAGUGCCAGUUCAUGGACAAGCUUGUGUGGGAGGUGUCCCAGCAUUAUAAAUAGUGCAAUAUGGCGGUCUUUAGUCUGGUUCUGAAGAAAGCUUUACAUGUUUGCCAUAAAUAAUGGGAUUUUGGUAAAGCUAAGGGCUCAUGCAAUGUGUUUGUCAUCAUACCCGCUGUAUCUGACCUUUAGUUGUUGAUACAUCUACAAUACUAGGAUGGAAGGAAUAAAUUUUUCUAUUUCAAUACUCUACAGUUAUCCAAAAAAACUUUACGUAUUCACUGAAGAUUUA